AUGGCCCCCGGGUCGCUUCGGGCUCCGGGAGAUGCCGGGGCGCCGGACACCUUGAGCUCUGGCUCGGCCAUCCGGCCGCCGACCCUGGCCCAUGCUCGUGCUGACCAGCCCGACUGCUUGGCGGCCUUCCUGACGCUACUGGCUCCGGAGGGCGAUCAUUCGAACCGGGCCCGGCCGAUUGUGGCCCAAUUGCCGAAAACCCGGUCCGGGAUGCCCCGGCGUGCGCCCUCCUCCGGGAGUCUGGCCGGGCCGGUGGAUUUGGCCCCCGGCUCGCCGGGCGAGGCCCUCACUGCGUCCAUGUUGUCCACCUCGCCGGCGGGCGGUGGCAGCUCCACCGGGCCGGCGCCCAUGUCGCCCGGCGGCAUCAUUGCCGAUGGUCCCGGCGGAGGCGUCGAGCCCUCCUCCGGGUCCAGCGCUCCGGUGCAACAGCUGAACGCCCUGCCGCCGCUGCCCCUGGGGCUGGUGCGCCAUGUGCUGGAUUCGGCCCUGUCCAUUGAUGAGCGCCUGAUUGGCCUGCUGCUGUCCCCGCACUCGGCUCGCCUGCUGGAGGGCGAGCGCUUGGCCCGCCUGCUGGAUGUCGGCGGCCCGCUGGCCGGCCAGCCCCCGGGACCGGCCCCCACCCGGCCUCUGUCCAUCCUGCUCUUUGAGGAUCUCCUCGCGAGCCAGCUUUCCUCCAGUGGCUCCGGCCGAUCGGCCUCCAGCGUGUCGCUCACCGCCACGAUGGGCCUCUCCUCGCCGGCCCCGCGCCUGGGUUCCGGGGGGGGAUCCGGCUCGACGGGCUCGCUCAAGCAAUUGCCCGCCCUGAGCAGCUCCAGCAGCAGUGGGUUCCUGGUGAACUCCAGCAGUGGGACCCUGCGCCGACAGGCCGGCGGUGCCCCGACCUCCGGCCUGACCCUCUAUGCGCUGGCGGUGGACAUGCUGGCCGCCGGGCCGGGCAGCAUGGCCGGCGCGACACCGGGCGGGCCUGACCCGGCGGCAAGCCCCGUGCUUGAGGCCUAUCGCGGGCUGCUGCUGGGCGAGCACUCCAGCGAGAAUGUGGACUUCUGGCUGGCGGUCAUUGCCUUCGACCUGGACCCCACCCUGGAGAAGAUGAGUCGGAUCUGCUCGCACUUCAUCCUGCCGGCCGCCAGCCAGGAGGUCAACCUGUCGCUGCCCUGCCGCCGGGCCACCCUGGACAUGUGCCUGCUGGCGACGGACAUCGCCCGGUCGGAGUACUAUUUCCGCCUGGUUGGCGGGGCCAAUGGCGGGUCGCAGGACUGGGGCAUCACCUCGCGCGAGGAUGCUGCUCACUAUUCCCAGGCUCUGGCCCGCAUGGUGGCCGAGGCGGAAUCCGCCUCCAGUCGCGAGGUGUCGCCCCACUUGCCGGCUGUGGGUGAGGCCGCCGGACCGCUGGCAGCCCCGGCCACCGAGUCCGGGGGCUUCAUGCGUGUUCGCUCGCGCAGCCGCAGUGCCAGCAGCUCCUCGGCCGAUGGGGCCCCCGGCGCCGCGGCAUUGGCCGAAGCGGCGGCCUCCCGGCGGACCUUCGCCUGGCGCCCCGAGGGCAUGACCGACCAGUCUCCCUAUUGGCGCUUGGUUUUGAGCGAUGUCCCUGCCUCCAUGCCCAUGCCGCGUGGGCUCUUCUCCGAUGCCCAGUCGGAAACCCUGCGACUGAUGGUUGGCGACAGCUUCCCCCGGUUCCUGAAUGCACUGGCCGGAUCGCGGCACAAUCGCCGCUCGGGCUAG